AUGCCUUCUGUCGCAAGCAUUCAUAAGCGCCAUGCCUAUGGCAAAGAUGCGCAUACCUACUACCCCGUUCUCAUUGUCGGCGCCGGAGAGUCAGGCGUGGCGAUGGGUUGUCGGUUGAAGCAGGUCCUGGGGACAGACCAGUUUCGAAUCUUUGAGCGACAAUCUGGUAUUGGAGGUACUUGGUGGAUCAACCGGUAUCCCGGUGCUGCCUGUGACAUUCCGGCAUUAUUCUACUCUUUCUCCUUUGCCCCGAAGAAGAACUGGUCGACCUUGCACCCGUCUGGUCCUGAAAUCGCGCAAUAUCUCGCCGACGUCUGUGAAAAGUAUGAGAUCGUCGAUAAGAUUCAGUUCCACACCGACGUUAAGAAUCUUCGGUGGAUUGAGCAAGAUGAGGAGUGGGAGGUAACCCUUUCGCAUCUUGUUCCUGGAACCGGAGAUCUAUCGGCUUAUGAACGGGAGCAACUUGCUAUUGAAGACGGGUCCCACGCAGUCUACAUCAAGGAAGAGAUUGUGCGCGCCAAGGUCGUCGUCAGCGGAGUAGGAGGGUUGGUCGAGCCAAAGACAUGGCCAAAGGAUAUUCCCGGAAUCGAGAGCUUUGAAGGAGAAAUCAUGCACACAGCCCGAUGGGAUGACGAGAUCGAUCUACAAAAUAAGGACGUGGUUGUUUUCGGCUCGGGAUGCAGUGCCGCACAAGUGGUCCCUGAACUGGCGAAACCCGAAGCCAAUGUUCGCUCUAUCACACAACUAAUGCGAACGCCUCCGUGGGUGCAACCUGAUCUCCUCCCACCCCAUUUACUGGAGAAAUGGGAUAGAUGGAUGCCCACUCUGUGCACUAAUAUCCCGGGCCUGUCACGACUUCUACGCAACAAUGUGUUUCUCAUGCUUGAACACAACUUCUUCGCCAUGUUUACGGAUUCUGCUUACGGUCGCUGGAAGAGACCACAGAUCGAAGAAGCCUUCCUUGCUCAUAUGCGCAAGAUGGCACCUGAAAAAUACCACGAGGUUCUCACCCCGGACUACAGCUUAGGCUGUAAGCGUCGCAUCAUUGACGGCACUUGGUACCGCAGUUUGAACUCAUCCAAGGUCGAGCUGACCACGCAACCACUGACCCGUGUCCACGCAAAGAGUGUGACCAUCGGGCCGGGCAGCUUCUACCCGCGUAACCAGAGCAAUCCUACCGACGAGGUUCGGGAGAUCCCCGCCGAUGUGCUCAUUCUGGGCAACGGCUUCGAGACGAACAAAUGGCUGCAUCCGCUCAAGAUGACCGGUAAGGGAGGCAAGGAUAUUCAGGAAUUGUGGGACGAGCGUGGAGGCGCACAGGCGUAUUUGGGAAUUGCGAUGGAUCAGUUCCCUAACUUCUUCAUGUUGUUCGGUCCUAAUACGGCGACGGGACAUACUAGUGUCAUCUUUGCCACUGAGAAUGCGGUUAAUUACUCGCUCAAGUUCAUCAAGCCCAUUCUCGAGGGUAAGGUGAGUUCCUAUGAGAUUAAGGAGGAAGCCGAGCGUGCGUGGACAAAGCAGCUGCAGGAUCAACUGCAGAAGACUGUCUUCCGUCGGGGCUUGUGUACUAGCUGGUACAUUACCGAAGACGGAUGGAAUUCUUCGACUUACCCCCGAUCUGGGGAAACGGCCUUCCCCGACCCCGCGAGCGUGGAAGGUCUCCGCACUCCAUCGCCGCCGAUACUCUCCAGCCUUCUCCUCUGGCAUCUUGUCUUAUCAAGUAAAAUGGCUUCCGAGUCGCCUCAACUUGAAAGUACUCCACCACAGACAGGUCCUGGCGAUCAGGCCACUACUCCUGGCACCGAUUCCGCCAAGAGGAAGGCGGAACAGAGCAACGGAACCAGCACGCGCGCAAAGCGGAAUCGUUACAUCUCCAUUGCAUGCAACGAAUGCAAGCGUCGCAAGAUCAAGUGCCGAUAUGCGCCAAAUUGCUGCAACAAUAACUUCAAGGACUCCGACGAGUUCCGCUCGAUGACCUCUCAGAUCACGACUCUGCAAGACCAGGUCAAUAAUCUAUUCACUAAUCUCAACGAGCUCCGUACUCGGCCCGCCUUCGAGUCUCCAUCGUUUGAUCAUCUCUCUCGCGAUGGCUCCCAGCCGGUCUUCACCCCGAUGCCCGCGACCAUGCCGAAGACACGAUCCCGUCACCCACGAUUCCAUGGGCCCACCAGCUCGGCAUUUAACUUCGAUGUUGCAAAAUCUAGCCUGCAGAGUAUGGGUAUCACCCAGGGAGAAGACGGAAUUCCCGAUGACUUGACCACGGCGCAUGUCACGCCAACUGGAUCGCCGCCUCCUCACAUGGGCCCGCUUGUGCCGACGAUCCAUCCGACCAAGGAUCCAAUCUGGACUAUCCGUCGAGAAGAAGCUGUGCGUUUAUGCAAGGUGUACGAAGAAGAGAUUGGGAUUAUGUAUCCCGUGGUGGACAUUACCACCGUGACUAAUCAGGCUAAUUUGUUGUACACUUUCAUGGAAGCUGCCACGCGGACUGGAUUUGCUCAAAGAGGACUCCCGGGCUCUGACAGUCUUCAGGAUGAUAGUACUAUUUUGUUAAAGUUGAUUCUGGCUACCACGCUGGUCGUGGAAGCAGGUGGUCAAAGUGAGCUCGGCCAGAGACUUUUUCUGAGUAUCAAGCCGGUGAUCGAGUCGAAGUUGUGGGAGCCGCAUGAUAUUAAAAAUAUUCAACUCUUUGCUAUUGUGGCCACUUAUCAUUUCCAUACUGAUGACGAUGCUAUGGCCUAUCGGUUGAUCGGCUUGGCUGCGCGCAUGUGCCUCGAGAUGGGUCUUCACCGUAAGGAUGCUUUGAUGAAGUCUUUCCCUCUUGAGACCCAGUGGAACGAGAUCACUCGAAUCUUCUGGACUGUAUACAGCCUGGAUAGGCGAUGGAGUCUAGGCACGGGCUUGCCCUUUGUAAUUCAAGACGAAGAUAUCGAUCCCAAUCUACCCGAACCGGAUUCGUCUUUGCUUUAUCUACGUUGCAUGAUUUCUUACAACCGAAUCAGUUCUAAGAUAUGGUACUCUGGCCUUGGCUCAGAAGGCACCACCGAUAUACGACGCGACGAGAUUGGAUAUUUGGAUUACCAAGUCCUGCAAUGGUACAAACAGGUACCAGACGAACUCAAAUUCUAUCCCGUGGAAUCGCCCAAGAAUGGCGAGCCUGCAAGUCGGGGAAUGCGACGUCUCCGCAUCCUGCUAUAUCUACGCAUGAACCAGCUACGCAUCCUCAUAUAUCGCCCUGUCCUCCACUCGGCCGCAAGUAUUGUCGAGGACCGUGGUCAUGCACAGACCGUGGUCGAUGUUGCCAAGGACACUGUACGGGUCCUCACCCGCCUCAACCAGAUGUCUGAUAUCUACCGCACUCAGCAGAUCACGUUCAACUAUUUCCUUGUUGCUGCUCUGGCGGUCCUCUUCCUUGCAGUGUGCCAUGCCCCGGCCGAUUUCAACCGACAAGUACGCGACGAGUUCUACAUGGCGCUCGAUCUAAUCAACGGCUUCAGCACGAAGUCUUAUGUAUCGAAGCGGUUGUGGAAGACCAUCAAGGGGCUCCGCAAAAUCGGCGAGAAACUGGGCGUUCUAGCCCGACCCUUUGGAAAUGACUCGAAUGAUCCUCACUCAAGUGCAGCCGUGGCCAUGGCUGGUCUUGCAGGGCACUCGAUUGACGACUUAUCUGCUUACGGCCCGAUGAAUGGGGUAAAUGAACUUGGCAAUAGCCCCUUGAAUGGACUACAGAUGAGCCACGAGCUCACGAAUUUGUUUGAGGCGGUCGGGUCGUUUGGGAACUUUAUGCCCCCGACGAGUGGUGCUGAUGGGAUGAAUGGGUUUGUUGGUGAGGAUGGCGAGAUCCAUAAUACUGGAGAGGGACUCUCUGGUAUCCUGGGCGGCGAGGAGGAAUUUUCGCGCAUCAUCCGUGGCUUGUUUUGA